AUGUCUCUCCAACUAGAUGAUCACUCUGUUAGAUUUCCUGUAGGUAUGCUAGAAAACAUUCCCAUAGGAAUUGGUCAAUUUUACAUUCCCAUAGACUUUAUAAUAAUGGACAUAAAGGAAGAUUCCAACAUUCCAAUCAUAUUAGGAAGACCCUUUUUUGCCACUGUUGGUGCCAUUAUUGAUGUGAAACGAGAAAAACUAAUCUUCAAGGUCGAUGAGGAGAAAAUCGAAUUCAUUCUUUCACAAUUCCUAAAGGAACCUACUAUAAACGAUACUUGCUAUUUCAUAGGCAUCAUCGAUGAAUGUGUAAAGGAAAUGGAGAUGGAACCACCUAAGGAUACUGAAGUCCUAAAAAUUCUUGCACCUCCUAUAUUAGAAGAUGAUGAAUAG